GCCAAACAAGUGAGCCAAACAACCAGAUUUGGACAUAAACAAUCAAUGCAAUCGCCGUAGCAGUAGCAGGCAAAAAAAACAGCAAGGUUUAACUGACAAAGCCCAACUGAAUAGAUGCUGCAAUGACCGCAUCGCCUAUCUACAUUGAAGCCUAAAUAUAGAGACGCCUGGAGCGAACCACAUUUGAUAAUUUUGAAACGAGGAUAACAGCAGCCAGAAAGCGUCGCAAAAUGAUACUGAAAAGCUGGCGGCACAAGCGUAAAUAGUUAUUUGCAUUUAGAUAACCAAUUGGAGAAGAAAUAUAAGCCGACAAACAGCAACAUUCGUUUGCAAAGCCCUCGAAAAGAUAAUUCAUAUAUAGAAAUCAUGCUGGGACGCACACAGAAGCUUAUACUGGGCAUAGCAAUACUGAUACUAGUCGAUGUCGUAUGGGUUUCCUCCAGUGAGCUCACCAAGUUUCUGUACAAUGAGGCCAAGUUCGACAAGCCCUUCUUCUGCACAUAUUUCAAAACGUCAAUGUUCAGUAUCUACCUGCUUGUUAUAGGAAUUUUGGCGCCAUGGAAAGAGUCGUGCGAGCGCCAAAAUGGAACUUAUGCAAUGAUGGAGCAGAAUGUCGAUGAUGAGAACUACUACUCCAAUCAGGCUGUUUUGGGAGAUCCUACCUAUGUGCCGAUCAGAUCCGCACACCUGGCCUCAACAGUCAAUGGCAGCGGUAACACCUUGUCUGGCACUGAGAGCGACGAUUCCAGCGUGCGCAGUGUUCGCUUUAGCAAGAUGGCAGAGGUCCGGGAAAUGUCCGCCCAUGAGGCCACCGAUGCAUUGUUGGCACGUCUAUCCUAUGCGGCCAGCUUGCGCAUCAGGCGGCAGAAGACCCAUCACAAGACAGCCAAGACGGCCUUGCUUUUCUGUCUGCUUUGGUUUGUGGCAAACUACUUCUUUCAGCUGGCCCUGGAAAUGGAUGAGACUGCCAUGAUAACACUUGUCAGCUCUACGUCGUCAUUCUUUAUCAUCUGCAUGGCGGCCGUUUUCCCCUCGGCAACAGGUGACAAGUUGACCAUCACCAAGCUGAUUGCUGUCGGCAUGAAUAUUGCAGGAGUUGUGGCCAUAACAAUGAACGAUCUGCACGACACAAAGAUGACAAGGGGUGUCCUCUUGGCCCUGUUCAGCGCCUUCUUUUACGCGUCGUACCUGGUGUUUGUCAAGCGAAAAAGUGAUACUGAGGAAAAGGUCGAUAUACCUUUGUUUUUCGGGUUCGUUGGCCUCUGGAAUCUCAUGCUUUUGUGGCCGAUUUUCUUCAUUUUGCAUUUCACCAAGAUCGAAACAUUUGAAGUGCCUGAUCAGGGGCAAUUCGCGCUGCUGUUUCUGAACGGACUAAUAGGAACCGUGCUCGCGGAGGCAUUAUGGCUUUGGGGCUGCUUUCUCACCUCCUCGCUGAUUGGCACAUUGGCCAUGUCGUUGCAGAUUCCCUUGGCCAUUGUAUUUGAUGUUCUGCUGAAGCAUAAGCCGUAUUCUCACAUGUUCUAUAUCGGUUCGAUACCCAUAUUUCUGGCCCUGACACUUGUUGCGCUGCUGAUGCGUAACGAUGAUGCUGAUCCACUUACGAAACUGUUCAAAAUUGUAUAUAGAAAACUCUGUCGUUGCCAUAAGCCGAGCAUUGUUAGAGUCAAUGACGAUGAGCAGCAGGAAUCGCUGAUUAGCAACAGCGAUUGAAAGCGGCGGUGAAUGAACGCUUUUUUGGAAAAAUCGCUGUUCAAAACACAUGAAAUGUUGCUCAUUAUAAUGCAAUCUAAAACUUG